AUGAUUACGUACAGUGCUGGAUCCCCUAACAACAGACCUGUCAGCUCUAGUGCUGUGCACUUAUGUAACACUGGCUACACUCUCACUGGAGGGAGUUUCACUGAAGGUACCACCAGGGUCUGUGUGAGUGGAGGGAACUGGUAUGGAUCACCUCCAACUUGUCAUGAACCCACUACCUGCCCUGACUUACCCCCACUAACCAAUGGGAUGAUUACGUACAGUGGUGGAUCUACUAACAACAGACCUCUCGAAUCUGGAGCUACACACAGCUGCAACACUGGCUACACUCUCACUGGAGGUACCACCAGGACUUGUGGGAGUGAUGGAAUGUGGAGUGGGUUAGCUCCAAUUUGUCAGCCUAACUGCCCUGACUUACCUACACUGACCAAUGGGAUGAUUAUGUACAGUGCUGGAUCCACUAACAACAGACCUUUCCUCUCUAACUCUGUGCACUCCUGCAACAUUGGCUACACUCUCACUGGAGGUGCUUUCACUGUACUUACCACAAGAGUCUGUGUGAGUGGAGGAAACUGGGAUGGGUCAGCUCCAACUUGUCAAGGACCCACUACCUGCCCUGACUUACCCCCACUUACCAAUGGAAUGAUUACGUACAGUGGUGGAUCUACUAACAACAGACCUCUCGAAUCUGGAGCUACACACAGCUGCAACACUGGCUACACUCUCAAUGGAGGUACUGUCACCAGGGUCUGUGUGAGUGGAGGGUGGAGUGGGUCAGCUAUAACUUGUCAAGCAGGAACUUGUUUUGAUUUCCCACCACUAAUGAAUGGAGUCAUUGCCUACACUGGUGGACUUACUGACAUCAGACCUAUUAAUACUUUCGCUACCUUCACUUGUGACAAUGGCUACACUCUAACUGGAGAGGGUUUCAGAGUUUGUCAGAAUGGUGGUACCUGGAGUGGAACAGCUCCAACCUGUCAAGUGAACACAGGACCCACUAAACCACCCACCACCUGUCCUGACCUCACUGUACCAGCCAAUGGAAUGAUCAGUUACAAUAUGGGGACUGCUAGUCUGAGAGCAGUAGAAACUGUGGCCACUUACACCUGUGGCACUGGAUACACUCUCAAUGGAGGGAGCACCACCAGGACUUGUGGAAGUGAUGGAGUGUGGAGUGGGUCAGCUCCAACAUGUCAGCUGAUACCCUGUUCUGACUUACCCCCUUUGACCAACGGGAUGAUCACCUAUAGUGCUGGUGAAUCCACUGGCAUCAUACUAGUGGGCAGUACAGCUACUCACUCUUGUGGCAAUAGCUACUUUCUGGUCGGAGAGGCAGUGAGGACUUGUGGGAAUGAUGGAAGGUGGAGUGAAACAGCUCCAGUGUGUCAGAAGCGAACUUGCUUUAAUUUACCACCACUAAUGAAUGGAGUCAUUACCUACACUGAUGGACUUGUUGACAGCAGACCUAUUAACACCAUUGCUACCUUCACUUGUGACAAUGGCUACACUCUCACUGGAGGGAGUUUCAGAGCUUGUCAGAAUGAUGGGACCUGGAGUGGGUCAGCUCCAACCUGUCAAUUACCUCCUGUCUACGUCUCCAUCACCAACUAUGCUGCUAUGAACUCACAGGUUGCCAUAGACACCAUCGGAUAUACCACUGAGACAGCAUUGACUUGCAGAACCGACUCAACUAUUUGCUGUACAGGACAAGAUAAUCCCAAUAGUGCCAAUGGAUUAGGAGAUUGGUUGUUUCCGAAUGGAACAGCUGUCGUACGAACCCAGGACAUUACUGAUUCAGACACUGAUCUACUGUACAGUGUUGGAGAUACAGGUGCACUCAGACUCCAUCGUCGAGGGUCUGUGUCAGGCCCCACUGGCUCCUACUGCUGUGUGAUUCCUGACAACACUGGAGUAGAUGUGACAUUCUGUGUGCAGUUAGCCUCUACUGAUGAGAGCUUUCUCUGUCAGAGUGACAACACUGGUGCUGUGGUGGGAGGAGUGGUGGCCCUGGUAGCAGUGAUUGCAGUGACUGUAGUGAUGGUGACCUACCUAGUGCUCCGGUACAAGAGAGGAGGGAAAAUGACUGUUCCUCAAGAUAUCUCCCUUACUGAGCAGGGUCAAAGUUCAGCCGCUACCUACGAGAUCGUCCCUGCCACUUAUGAGGAGAUCCCAGCCUCCAGAGAGGUCAAAGGUGACUACAGCUACACACAGAACAAUGCCUACUCGACUGUGAAUGGACGGGAGGCUCCUGCUGCUGGAGGAAUACAAUAACUAAACUAUCACACGAUUUAUUAAAUGUCUCGUUUAGUUUGUAUUUUUACUUGAUGCAGAGCAUGUAGAUAUUAUUAAGAUAUAUAUUAUUAUACGUACUUCAUC